UUCUCGACCACAGAGAAAAUAGAAAAGAAAAGGAAGUUGAAUGAGAAUCCCUCCUCUCUGUUGUAAUUGUAAUUGCAAUUGAAUUCCCAUUUGGGUUUCAAUUCUCUUUCUUUUCCUUUCCUUUUCUUCCAUCUUCUCGAUCUCUCCGAUCCACAUUCUCUACGCACCAGAUCCGUUCAAUCCAUUCAGUCUCCUCAAUCGCAUUCCGAGAUGAGCACCGGCGACCUUCUCAGCAUCGAACCUCUUGAACUGAAGUUCAUAUUUGAGCUCAAGAAGCAGAUCUCGUGUUCUCUUCAAUUGUCAAAUAAGACCGAUAGCUAUGUAGCAUUCAAGGUGAAAACAACCAAUCCAAAGAAAUACUGUGUUCGUCCAAACACUGGAAUUGUCUUGCCACGAUCUACAUGCGAUGUUAUCGUUACCAUGCAAGCGCAAAAGGAAGCUCCGACUGACAUGCAAUGCAAGGAUAAGUUUCUUCUUCAAAGCGUAAGAGUAGAGGAUGGAAUCGCCGCAAAGGAUAUCACUGCAGAAAUGUUCAACAAGGAAGCGGGGCAUGUGGUUGAGGAGUGCAAAUUGAGAGUGUUGUAUGUCUCUCCGCCUCAACCUCCGUCUCCAGUCCCGGAAGGUUCCGAGGAAGGAUCAUCACCUAGAGGUUCUGUUUCCGACAAUGGAAAUAUCAGUGGUGCUGACUCCGCUGCAGUAACAAGAGCAUUUGCUGAACGACAUGAUGGUCCAGAAAAGUCUGUAGAGGCAAAAGCUCUUAUCUCAAGGCUGACUGAAGAAAAGAAUAAUGCUAUCCAACAAAAUAACAAGCUUCGUCAGGAACUGGACAUGCUGAGACGGGAAAGCAACAAAAGUCGUGGCGGUGUCUCGAUGGUCAUUGUCAUAUUAAUUGGCUUACUUGGCAUAAUUAUGGGGUAUCUCAUGAAGAAGACCUAAGUCUUUCUGAGAUUCAAUCCUUCACCAUAUGUUUGAUCUUAGUUUUCCUGUUGUUCCUGGCUAUUCAAGAAAUGAAGACGAAGGGCAAAACAGAUUAAAUCCAGUAGGUGUUGGUGUUUUUUUGGGGGUCGACAACAAUAUGGACAUAGAAACAUUAGUUGAAAGCGUGGGUCUAUGAUUUCUUUUAAGAGCAGAUUACUGUGAACUGACUCAUGCUUUUGGUAACAUGCAUUCUUUUUAAGUCAAGGGAAAAAUUUGUUGUUUUAUGUGGUUCAUUCAGUGACGGUCUGGAAAUGUCAAACAAUGGCCACUAGUAGCAUGCAUAUUAUGAUUAUCGGAUAUUUUGUUUAUUUUUCAUGAGAAUAAUAUCACUUUGUAGUUGUUA